AUGAUGUCCUUAGAUAUUUAAAAUGACUAUUUAGAAUAUGCAUCAAUUUUAGAUGAGAAAUACUAUAUAGUUGAUACAAUUGGAUUUGGAAGAUAUGCAAAGUAAAAUGAAAUGGAUAUCACAAUAGAGUUAAAUUGGCUAUCGACAUGGAGGAUAAAUAAAAAUAUGCUAUAAAGAUAAUGAAAAUAGACCCAACAACUAGUUAAUGUAGAUCUGAUACAUUUAUAAAUGAAAUUUCGACAUAAGCUGAAUUUGAUCAUAAACACAUAAUUAGAAUAAUAUAUGUAAUAAUCAAAUAUGAAUUGAGUUUAGUGUAGAAUGAAUGGAGAGUAUAAAAAGAUAGAUGGAAGGGUUUAAUAGGUUUCUUAUUUUGUUAUGGAAUUGGCUAAUUAAGGUGAAUUGUUUUAAUUAUUGGAACAAACUUAGCAAUUUUCUGAAAAAUUUGCAAGAAACAUUUUUUCAUAACUAAUAAAAGGUAAAAAAACAUCUUUUAUUGUUAGCAUAGGAAUUGAGCAUCUGCAUGAACGCGGUGUAGUUCAUAGAGACGUUAAAGCUGAAAAUAUACUUUUUAGUAAUGGUAUACUUAAGCUGGCUGAUUUUGGAUUUAGUACAAAAACAAUAGAUGAGAAAGGAUCCAGAGUAUAAUUUGAAAUAUCUCAACAUAUAGGAUCUCCUGAAUAUAAUCCACCAGAAUUAUAUAACAUAGGUAAAGUAUAGGUUAAUUAUUAUAAAGGCAAAUAAAAAUUUUAUAAUCCAGAAUAAGCUGAUAUAUUUGCUGCUGGUGUAAUCUUAUUUACAAUGGUUAUGAGAUCUGCACCUUUUAAAACUUCAAAAUCAACUGAUCCUUACUAUUCCUUAAUGAAAAAUAAUAAAUAAUCAUUUUGGAAAAUCUAUAGUGAUAUUGCAGAUUCUUCUGCUUAAUUUAAAGAUCUUGUUGAAAAAAUGUUGGAUGAAAAUCCAUUAAAAAGAAUUACUAUCGAAUAAAUUAAAUAACAUCCUUGGAUGUUAGGUAUUUAAUUUAUUUAAUUUUUAGGAUAAAUGCUUAAUUAAACAGAAUUUCUAAAGGAAUUAAAAAACAGAUAUGAUAUGAUAUUUAAUUAAUAAAUUGUUAAAAUCACUAAUAAGAGAGACACUAAAUUUUCCACAAGAAAAUCAAUUAAAAAAGUAGAAACAGAAACAAUAAGUAAAAAUCUCUCAAAAUGUUCAUACGAAAAUUUUGAGUUGAUUGAUAUGGUAAUUAUUUAAUUAAUUUUUAAAGAUAAAUGCUAAAUUGUAAAUUAAGUAGCAUUUACCAAAAGAACAAUUUAAAUAAUAAUCAAAUAAAAAUGAAAAAUUUAAAGUUGGAAUAUAAUAAAAAUAAUAAAAUUAACCUAGUGCAAGAACAAACUAAGAAUUCAAAAGAUCAAGUCCUGGAUCACCAUAGAACGAUUCUGAUAAUUGA